CUCAGAAACUCCAUGCCCUCCUGGUUGCAAGGAGUCCACGAGGUUAUGUGUGGCAGUUCAGAUUCUCUUGCCUUUUCCCAGCAGCUGGCACAGGAUUCUGGAAGGGUGUGAACAGCCAGAAAGAAGAGAGGUGGGGCAUAAUGAGUCUGAGCUCAGGCUUCGGGACCCGGUGGCCCAGUGCUCUCUAUAAGAGGGCUUGCUUCCCAAGAAAACCUCAAGCAAGCACGACUUCGAGAUACUGGAAAUCUACUUGGCUGCAAAUAGCUAUGCUCGCCAGAGGAUGACUAAUCGACGAGUGUGAGAAGUUGAGAGCAGGCAACUUUCAGCUUCCUUGCUAACCUCUGUAUAAGUUCCUUCCUUCUCUGUAGGGUGGAGUCAAAGAGCACAAUGAGUACUAGAAAGCGUCGUGGUGGCACAGUAAAUUCUAGACAAGCCCAGAAGCGAACUCGGGAAGCAGCCUCCACCCCUGAGAUGGCCUUGGAAGCAGAACCCAUAGAACUUGUGGAAAGUGCCGGAGACGAAAUAGUGGAUCUCACCUGUGAAUCAUUAGAGCCUGUGGUUGUUGACCUGACUCACAAUGACUCUGUUGUGAUUGUUGACGAAAGGAGGCGGCCAAGGCGGAAUGCGAGGCGGCCACGCCAGGAGCACGCUGACAGCUGUGUGGUGAGCAGUGAUGAUGAGGAGCUCUCCAGAGACAGAGACGUGUAUGUGACCACCCAUACUCCCCGAAAUACCAGAGAGGAGGCAGCCACGGGACUCAGGCCCUCUGGUACUGUCAGUUGUCCGAUCUGCAUGGACGGGUACUCUGAGAUUGUGCAGAAUGGACGUCUCAUUGUUUCUACAGAAUGUGGCCACGUCUUUUGUAGCCAGUGCCUCCGUGACUCCCUCAAGAAUGCUAACACUUGCCCAACUUGCAGGAAAAAGAUCAACCACAAACGAUACCACCCCAUAUAUAUAUGAAUUGUGGAGAGCUGCUCAGGAGAGGUGGAUGAACAGACAGCCAGCCUGGCUGGGUUCUCCACACAGCCAUUCAUGGGUUCUCUGCCUCAAUUUCCUGAGCUCGAAAAGACUAUUUCAAAAUCAACAUCUGAUAUGUAAACUGCUCUUUCGUUUCCAGCCCCCACUUAGGCCCUUUUGGUACCUCCUUAGGGCCUUCCUCUCUGCUCCUCUGGGUGGUCUGGUUCCAGGGCAGGAGAGAGGGAGUUAGACACAUUGGAACUGAGAAUCGUGGCUCUAGCAUCUUUCUGGAACCUGCAUGUUUGCCAAGAAAUUUUUCCCCAUUUGGAAAGUUGGCCCCAGCUUCCUCCUGGCAAUGUCGUCAAGGGACUGGCCCUGGUCAGAGAGCACGCGGGUCUGCGCAGCUUCUCCUGGCAAGUGACAUCGACUCAGGCGUCUGUCUGCCACAGUGAGCAAGCCACACGAGGUCCAUCCGGCCCGAGGAUCCCAGGUGUGAGCACAGCCCUGGAAAGACCCACCACUGGAGUCACCUCAAGAGUCAAAGGUCACCCGUGAUCCCACCUGCACGUUAGCAUUGAUGUGCGGGGACUUCUACAGAUCAAGAGAAUCUCUACAGGGCAAUUCCCAGGUUCCUAAGAACGAAAUGUGCAAUAAAGCCUGUUCUUGGCCUACUUUUCAGCAGCCCAGGAGAUGUAGCACUCCUAGUGUCCCCUCAGAGGCCUCACGUUGCCUGUGGAGCAGUGCCUGUCACACCCCAUCCUAUUUCCCACCUGUUCUCAGGAACUUAACCCAUGUCCCAGUUUUCACCUGGCACAGGCCCUGCAAGCAGGGCAGACAUGUGGUCGGGUGUCCUCUCUCUUUUCUGAUAAGAUGUGUCCUUUUUGCCACAUGCCCUUGGGUCCUCAGUUCCCACUGCCUAAUGUCUACUCAAGCAUCAGUACUGGAAGGUGAUGGCAGUCCUUGGGGCCUUACCAGCCACCCAUGUCCAUGCUGGUGUCCAAGUCAUGGCUGCCCAGAGUUGCAGCGAGUGUGGCCCACCUGCCAUCAGCUGGGCUCUUUGGCUUUCACCCACAUCCCCACACAGUUGACAUUCACUUUAGAAGCUGCUCCUCUGGCCUUCCAGUCUCUGAUUCUUUGGGCUUUUGACUGCUCCAUAGAUUGGGUUGGCCAAGUAUGGUGGCCUCUCCUCCCCAAGGCAGCCAGAUAAGACGCUCUGCUUAAGUCUCUGGGUUUGAGCCUCUUGGUCCUUGAGGAGGCUGUGGGGUGGCCUGAGCUGCCCCUCACAGCCCAGGGUCUGGGGCAGCUCAUGGGGGAGAGACCUUGCCGUGUCAGCCUGCCUCUGUCUCCACAUCCCACUUUCUCAGAGGGUUUUAGGCCAAACCAGCAGCCUCUUCGUGUGCGACAUCUUCAAGGCAGGAACGGGGGCCUCCUCUGGCUUUGCUAGCAAUAACUGACCUUCAGUUCCCCCUUCUGAAGGAGCAGGGACUUGGCACAGAAUUCACUUUAAACGGGGCUGAAGGAGUGUCCCUCCUCUAUGUGAAAAGAAAUUUGUUUUAGUCUUCACUCUGACUUUUUCACUGUUUGGCUCACUUCCAGUUAAUUUGGAUGAAAGUAAUUUUCUCCGUGGAGUCGAGGAGGGCAGGACGUCUCUUGUUGGCACGAUGCUGGGUAUGUCUGCCCUCUGUUUGGACAUCAUUACCAUUAAGUUCCUUCUGGGCUUCGUGGAAACUCUUUUGUUGUGUUCCAGCAGUACCCAGACUUCAGAAAUCAAGACAGCUGUGCAGCCAGAAUCUUUAAGUUUUGUGCUUAAGGACAGAUGGUUGAUCGUAAAGGUUGUAUUCCUUCCUACUAAAUUAAAUUGGGGAAAAAAGGUUUAGUUUCUACUAUUUAGAAACUGCAAAAUAGGAAAAGAUCGGUAAGAAAAAAAAAUCAUUUUCUUUUCUUCAUUGUACAUAGUUCAAAUCUUUCUUUGUUACAUUUAAACUAUAUCCAUGUACAUCAGUCUGUUUGGGACUCCUGCUAGUGUUACAGGUGGAAAUAAAACCAUUAAUUUGAACCAGA